AUGCUGGCGUACACCGACGCUCGGCCCGGGGAAGUACCAGCGGUGCUUGCCGCAGACGGAGGAGAGCGCCCAGGGCGCGUAUCCUUUGCGCCAGUCGCCCAGGCCGUGGCGCACAGCAGCACCGGCUACAUACAGCCGCUGGUGCAAGACCUCCUCCUCGAAGCCUUCGGCGGCGGCGUGCUUGCACGAGGAGUUGACGCACGCACAAACGAGCUGCGCAACCCAGGCUUCUGGGCAGACGCGGCGCCUCCGCCGCCGCUCCCACCGCCAGAGGCGCUCCAGGGGCCGGAGCUGCCUGGAGACCAGCACGCGAACGGCCCUGCCGCCGAGGGAGACGCCGACGACGGCGGCAGCAACUCCAGCACCGAGGAGACCGACCACGAGGCCGAACCAGCGCAGGCCCCAGCCCCGAGCAACGGACCCACCGAAGAGUCCUGGGCAGCUCUCGGGAGCAUCGAGCUCCAACAAGAGCUACGGAGAUUCGUGCCGACACUACAGAACGUGCCGCGUUUCCUGCGCGCGGAGACCCGGAUGGCGUUCACCGCGGCCCUGAAGAGGAUCAAGCGAGGACACGACCAGGGCAACCAAGCAACAACUCACCAAGGAUGGACACUGUUCCUCCUCGCCUCGAGGCUCCUGCUAAGCAAGCCCAAGGGUGCCGACGCCGAUGGCCGACAAGAGCUCUUGGAACGCGCCCAACGGUUCCGCCGGGGCGACUGGCUGGCCCUGCUACACGAGGCCGACACCGCGGCCGGCGCGCGCGCAGCGCCGAGGCCAGCCACAGAGGAGCAACAGCAGGAGAGACGCAGAGAACAGGCUUGCGCGCACGUCCGAAACGGCAACCCGUCACGGGGGAGACAGGUCUUGACCGCGGCGGCGAUUGCGCCCGGCAGCGGGGAGACACUAAACAGGCUGCGGGACCCGGCCCGCCGACCGCCUACCCUGCGCCGCCGACUACCCGCCAACCUAGACCGCGCAACCGACAGAACGAGACUCGACAAGACCAAAUUCCUCGCUUGCCUCCGGUCCGCCAAAAAGGGCGCGGCAGCAGGACCGUCGGGGGCCCGCGUUGAGCACCUCAAGCCGCUGCUGGAACACGAAGAGUCCAUGGACCUGCUUGGAUUCGCCGCCGCUGCCCUCGCGGAGGCGCGGCAAGGGGACUUCCUAGUCGCUUUCCUGGACGACGUGUGCAUCAAGACCACCCGGGCCAGGGCCAGAGCCGCUUUCGACACCACCACCGGAGCAAUUCACCUCCACGCAAACGUGGAUUGCCACCUUGGCAAGUGCCGGGCCUACAGCAGGGGCGGAGGCGCAGCGCCGCCCGGAAUUGGCGAGCUGGGACGAGACGUCUGGAGGGGUGACAGAGCACCACCCGACCGAGGAAUCAAGAUCCUCGGCACCCCCCUAGGCACCCCAGAAUUUGUCGCCGCACACCUGGAGAGCAGACUACAGGAAGAGAGGAGACUCCUGGACGAACUGGCGCACCUGCCCGACCUACAGUGCGCUUGGCUCCUCCUCCUCCUUUGCGCCUCCCCGCGGGCCAACCACCUGCUGCGAACCCUGCCGCCAGAGGAAAUCGCAGAAUACGCGAGAGGCCACGACGGCGACAUGUGGGCCACCCUGCGCCGCCUCCUCGGGGACCCCGCAAUGUCGCAAGACGAAGAGCGACGGGCGCGCGCACUGGCAGCAAUGCCUGGACGACACGGAGGACUCGGGCUCCAAAGCGCCGCGCGCACGUCCCCAGCGGCCUACUGGGGCGCUCGGGCAGACGCCCUACACAUGCUCCACCAACGGCGCCCCGUUGAAGCUGCAGCGAUCAGGGGCCUCCUCGACGGCGCCAGGCCCGGCCGUAGGGGCAACCUUGCCGCAGCCGCCGAGGCCGCACAGCUGCUCGAAACCGAAGGCUUCCGGAGACCUUCCUGGGCCGACCUGCUCCAGGGGCUGCGCCCAGAAGCGCCGCCGCGCUCGGAGGCCGCCGAACCGGGGGAAUGGCAGCGCGGCUGGCAGUUCCACGCUUGUUCCGCACGCAACACACACUACAGGGACAACGUGUUCAUGCCCAGCCUCACCAGGGCCAACCAGGCCAUGCUAAGGUCAGGCUCAGGACCGAGGGCCGCCUACUGGCUUCACACCUUACCCACCACCGAGGGGCACGUGUUCAAGCCCGCGCGGUUCCUUGCAGCCCUGCGCCAGCGCCUCAGGCUCCCGCUGCCGCUCCUCCCGCACACGUGCGGGGCAGCCGGCCGCCCAGGCUGCCGGGCCCGGCUGGACACGCUGGGAGACCACCUAGCCGCGUGCCCACGCACGGGGCUUCUCGCCAGACGCGCGAAACCGCUCGAACGAGCUUGGGCGAGGGUCGCCAGAGAAGCAGGAGGGAGAGUUGUCCCCCAACAGCUGCUGCGGGACACUAACGCCGUUGUCCACAACCCGCUGGACCGCAGACAAUUAGACCUAGUCGUCUACGGCAUCUCGCCGAACGGCGUCCCGCUGUGCUGCGACAGCACCAUGGUGUCCCCCCUCCGCAGGGACGGCUGGCACCGGCCGCGCACCUUCGACACCGACGGCGCCGCGCUACUUGGGGCCGAAAGGCGCAAACGACGCAGGUACCACGAACUCACGACCGGCCAUUCAGGCCGCCUCAUGGUCCUCUCCUGCGAGGUCGGAGGCAGGUGGGGCCGCGAUUCCCUUCAGCUGGUACGCCUGCUUGCCAAGCAGAAGGCGCGGGCCGCGCCGGCCCUCCUCCGCCGCUCCGCGGAGCUCGCGUACACCAACCGCUGGUGGGGCCGCCUGCCAGCACGCCCCUGA